AUGGCAGUGUUAGGAACAAAGGUGAACUGCCCACGGCAGGUCAAACGCUGCCAGCUACCAGCUGCAGCUGGGAGUGAAAGACUAGAAUACAGAAAGGCGCAGGCAGUCACCACCAAGACUUUUAAACACGGGGACAAAUCAUCCCUUUGGGUAUUUGUAAUUGUUCCUCAGUUCAAAUCUCUUGGUUUUAAAAAAAUACUUUCCCUCUGCGCGACUGGCGCGUCACGUCGCGCGCGACCAGUCCGCAGGGCUCCUCCCGCACUGCUCUUAGCCCCGCAGACGGCGGCCCAGCAGAGGAGCGGAAAGCGUGGUCCGGGGGGCGGCGGAUGCCUGGUAGGCGCUCGGGCCGCUGUUGGGCUGCGCGCUGGCGCUGCAGGGCGGGAUGCUGUACCCAAGAGAGAGGCCGUCGCGGGAGCGGAAGAAGCUGGACGGCCUCUAGAGCUUCCGCGCCAACUUCUUCGACAAACGGUGCCGUGGCUUCUAGGAGCAGUGGUAUCGGCGUCUGCUGCGAGGGUCGGGCCCCACCCUGGACAUACCGGUUCCCUCCAGCUUCAACGACGUUGGCCAGGACUGGCGGCUGCGGCGUUUUGUAGGCCAGAUGUGGUACGAACGAGAGGUGACCCUCCCAGAGCAAUGGACCCAGGACCUGCACACAAGAGUGGUGCUGAGGACUGGCAGUGCCCACUCCUGUGCCAUCGUGUGGGUGAAUGGGGUCGACGCACUAGAGCAUGAGGGGUCUACCUCCCCUUUGACACCGACAUCAGCAGCCUGUUCCAGGUGGGGCCCCUGCCCUCCCGCCUCCGCAUCACUAUCACCAUCAACAACAUGCUCAUCCCCUCCACCCUGCCACCAGGCACCAUCCUCAACAUGGCCGACACCUCCACGUGGGUACCAUCCUGCCUCCACCGCAUACACCCACCUUCCUGUGCCACCUCGUGGGGCAUUACAUUAGGGUAAUUACAUUAGUAUCAAGAUAUGCCAUAAUACCGAGAAUGGAGGAGUCUGAGGCCCUGGUCCAUCAACUGACAGUAUGAACUUCAUGUCAAGAAGUGAGAUUGGUGAAUAAGUGAAGACAAAAGGAAAAUUGGAGAUACAGCUGGAUGUAUGAACCCUGCUCUGAAAACACUCUUUAACGCUUGUACACAAGAGAGUCCAGCAGGUCUGUGGCCCACCUCAACAGAAGAGGAACUGUGUGCUCUGUGAGGACGGUAAGAUGAUCAUUGAAAGCCUAGGGGUUUUGCUAGUGCGGGGCGAAGACAUUCAUGGUCUGUGGAACUGUUUCAUAGCUCUUGCAAACUCUCUACUUAAACCUGAGAAAAAGAGGCACCAAUUUACUCUGAUUGAAUUUUCAUUCAGGGUACCUCUACUUAAUUCAAGAAUGGUGACAACUUUUUGAUGGAAUAGUCACUGGGAUAGUUAAUUUCAUGUGUCAAUGCAGCUAGGCUAUGGUGCUCAGUCUAGAUGUUGCUGUGACGGUAUUUGUGUAUGCGAUUAACAUUUAUAAUUAUUUGACUUUAAGUAAAGUAGAUUACCCUCCAUAAUGUUGGUGGGCCUCAUUCAAUCAGUUAAGAGCCUUAUGAGCAAAGACUAAGGUUUCCCCAGUAAGCAAUCCUACCUCAUGACUGAAACAUAGAAACCCUGCCUUACUUUCCUGCCUGCUUGCUUGUCCUGCAGAUUUCAGACUCAAGACUGUAACAUCAACUCUUAACUGAAUUUCCAGCCUUUCCUACAGAUUUUGUAUCUGCUAACCCCCACAACUGUGUCAGCCAGUAAAUAUCUAUGUUUUAUCUGUCUAUCUAUCUACUUAUCUAUCAAUAUAUUGGUUCUUUUUCUGAUUCUCUGGAGAAUCCCAACUAGUAUAGCUACUAUGAUAUUCACCCCUUGCCUUUUUUUCUUCAUCUGUGAAACUUUGCUAGAUACAGGCAUCUUACAAAAUCUCAUAUCUUAAUUACUUUUAAUUAUUAUUUACAUGUUUGGACCCUGUCUUCAUGUUUUGUUUGCUUGUUUUAAUUCAGUAAGGAGCAUUUUGUAUGUAGCCUUUGCAACAAGAACCCUUUGUAGGGGGAGAUUUGCCCCUUCCCCAGUGAGAGAGAUGAAGUAUUUUAAUGUUACCUAAUUUGCCUAACGCGCUUUCAUGAAGAUUUAAACUCAGAUCCUUCACUGGAGAAUACAU